AUGGGUUUCUGUCGUAGAUGUGGCGAGAUAGUGGCCGGAGAACGCUGCAGAUGCGGUGGCUCACCAGCAGCACCCAUCGUAGCUUUCAAGAAAGCUCUUAGUGACGCAUCUGCUCAAGACAAAUGGACAAAAACCUACGUUGCCUGUAACAGGUCACCCUCCCCAACGCGUCCUGGGACGGUUCAGAGCUCUGUAGAGGCCCUCAAUCGUAAUACCAGCAAUCCCCCUUCACCGACUAAGAGGUUCCCAAGACCUUUGCAGUCGUCUACCAGCAACGCACCACAGCUAAGCAGCCAAGUCUCCCAGCACAUUGCAUCCACGACAUCGACCUUGCGACCCAAAUCACCCUUGAAGCAAGCGAUAACCGUUCCUGAUCCAUCCUCCGACAUCAUUCCAUCACUCGUGGACAACACGCUGUCCAAGGUCUAUGGAUCUGUAUUGCAGCCAAAGGAGACGCUUUCUAGCUACUCGUGUGCUCUCUGUUCAAGUCGCUUUCCACCAGACGCCACCAUCUAUCCAGAUCCUUCACGUCCGAAUGCGAACAACCCUCGCUUCCUGUGUCGACCAUGUUAUGAAGAGAAUGGCGGGUCCAAAGGUCCUUGUGGUGCCUGCUCUCGCCCAGUCCUAACCCUCAAGUCUGAAGGGGGAUUUGUCCAGGCCGCCAGCAAGUAUUGGCACAAGCGCUGUUUCGACUGUGCAGGUUGCCAGAAGAACAUCGGAGAUAGACCCAUGGUGGACCUGUUGGGACGGCCGUGCUGCGUCGAUUGCUUCGACAACUGUCUCAAACGAGAAACUCCCCAGAAACCCAAGCCUAGCUCGAGUGUUGCUGCCAAUGGCGCUGAUUCACCGAAGGCAGAAACGAAGCCGAGCAAUGUCGGGGGGCUCAGCAAGACGCCGCCAGGAGUGAAGGUGGCAAGGGAAUCAAGUCCUACAAUCGAAGAGCUUGAGCAUCGCUUGGGGAUUGCCCGUCGGGAGAGCAGUCCUGUUCUCGAAGAACUCUCGCAGCGUUUGAGUUCGAUUGGGAAGGACAUCAACCAUAGAUACUCCACUGGCAGUCCUUCCCCUAGCCCUCUCAACAAGCGGACUGGGGGACGACCCUCAUACCCACUUGGGGAGAGCUCGUCGCAUUCCCAGCCACCCUCUAGCCGGCUUCAAAGCCCGGCCAGGCGGCAAAGCAGUCCUGCCCCCACUGCCGAGGCGAUUCAGGAAAUGAAGCAACGUCUUUUUGCAGGCGCGUCCACCCCUUCAUCUCCACCAAGAUCGCCCGCCUUUCCCUCAGUACACAUCGUUUCCCGUAUUGACCGUCAUGCCAGUUCAACUGUUUCGUCAUCUUCUAUUAGCGACCUCGAUUCCUUGUACAGCCCUCUGCCUGUCACCCCUGAUUUGAUCUCAGAUUUCUCGGACAACACUACCCAAUCCUCGUUCUCCGAGCCUCCUGAUUCCCCUCCCCGUCGACCUGAUGAUGUUGAGCUGCUCAUGUCAUCGGUGACACAGAGGAAGACAACCGCUUCCCGAUACAACCGGAGUGACAUCUUUAGCCCGCUCGAUGAUCCUAUCAUCGAGGAAACGAACAGCCAGCUCAACACCCCAGUCAAGACGCCAACAAAGAAUGGCGCGACACCUUCAAGGACCCCCGUGGAAAUCAGUCCAUUGCGCCUGAGGAAGAAGUCGUCUACACCUCUCAAACGCGAUCCAGAACCAGCCGCUGUUCCUUCAGCCUGUCGGAAAUGCGGCGGCAAGCUGUUCACCGUCGGAAAUGACUCCACGUUUGUGACGUUGUCUUCGGCGGAGCAAGGCAAGCCCUCGGAGGUCUACCACACUCGCUGUUUCACCUGCAGCAUCUGUAACGGGACGUUCGAGAGCGAGAAAAAAGGACAAGCAAGCUUCGUCAGACACAACGGUAAACCAUGCCACGCUGAAUGUGCACCUAAAGAACGGAUCACGAUCCACAAAUCGCCUAGUACGCCCGCACUGAGGAGCUAUGUCACAAGUCUCAAACGAGAAGAAGAUCCACCUAGCCCCUCACCUUCGCGAGCUCGUUCUUCAACCCAUCGCCCCACUUCAAGUCGAUUCGAGCCAACUGCACUGGCCGCUCCCACCAAUCCUCAGCCAGCCCCUCGCUUUGGCAGUCGGACUGUUUGCCCAGGUUGCAAGAAAGCGGUCUCUCCCAUGGAACGCGGCGUUAUUCCAGGACCUCAGGGUACGAAGUGGCAUUCAUCUUGCCUUGUUUGUGGGGGAAAGAAAACCAGACCCGUGAGCUGGUAUGGUACCCGAAAGGAUGAGAAGAAUCCUACUCCUGGAUGUGGUAAGAAACUCGACAGCGCUGCGAAGAGUGAUGGGGAAGGCGGCUUGGCAAGUUCUCCACAACCGUCACCUGUGCGAACCGUACUCUCCCCGACUUAUACUGGCUCCGGAAAAGUGGUCCCGCAAUUCACGGGCACGACGACGAUUGCCCGUCAGUUUACUGGUGCAGGUGGAGGAGGCGAGGCGGCCCUACUCCGACAGCUUACGGGCGGUGGCUUAAAUCCAACUAGAAGCAUCAGUCCAACCAAGCAACUAGGCAGUGGCGGAGUAAGGCCACGACCCAAGAGUGUUUUGGGAAUGAGGAACACCAAGAGUGUGGACGAAGGAAGAGGGAUGUUUCUGCACUGGUUGGAGCCAUGA